UAAAAACAAUAGUGAGAAGGCUAGUCAAGCAAACCUCAAGAAUCAGCUUAUCUUCAACCUCCUCCCCCAAAAAUGGACCCCAAUUCCCAAAUCUCAGAGAACAACCCAGAAUCCUCACCAGAAGAGCAACUAGCUCUUGUCCCCUCUUCCUCUUCUUCUCCAUUUGCCACAGUCUCUCUCUCACUCUCCUUAGCCUCAAUCCUCCCCACCCACCACUUCUUCCACCAACCCAAACUCACCACCCUCUUCUCCUCCAAAGCCAAAAUCCCAACCCAAGCCUCCUCCCUCUCCCACCUCUCCCUCUCCGCCGCCGUCCCCUCCACCCCCUCCAAGCUCUCCUUCAACUCCUCCAUCUCCGCCAACCCCCUCCAAAGCCCCCUCACCCUCAACCCCCGCCGCCCCCUCGACCCCAGCAACGCCGCCGGCCUCCGCCGCGCCUCCAUCGUCUGGUUCCGCAACGACCUCCGCGUCCACGACAACGAGUGCCUCAACUCCGCCAACAACGAGUCCAUCUCCGUCCUCCCCGUCUUCUGCUUCGACCCGAAAGACUUCGGCAAAUCCUCAUCCGGGUUCGACAAGACCGGCCCGUACCGGGCCCAGUUCCUCGUCGAGUCGGUCUCCGACCUCCGCAAGAAUCUCCAGGCCAGGGGCUCCGAUCUGGUCGUCAGAGUCGGGAGGCCCGAGACUGUGCUGCCUGAGCUGGCCAAGGCUAUCGGAGCCGAUGCGAUAUAUGCGCACGGGGAGGUGAGUCAUGACGAGGUCAAGGCCGAGGAGAGGAUUGAGGCGGCGAUGAAGGAGGAGAAUGUGGAGGUUAAGUACUUCUGGGGAAGCACUUUGUAUCAUAUGGACGACUUGCCGUUUAAGCUGGAGGAUAUGCCGACGAAUUACGGAGGGUUUAGGGAGAAGGUGAAGGGUUUGGAGGUGAGGAAGACUCUUGAGGCUUUGGAGCAGAUGAAGGGGAUGCCGUCUAGGGGUGAUGUGGAGCCUGGAGAUGUUCCUUCCUUGAUGGACUUGGGGCUUAGCCCCUCUGCUUCCAUGGCUCAGGAUGGGAGGCCUUCUAUGGUGGGAGGAGAAGCUGAAGCUCUAGAGAAGCUUAAGAAGUUUGCAGCUGAGUGCCAAGCACAGCCUCCCAAGGGCAGCAAAGAAGGAAGUCAGGAUAACAUUUAUGGUGCAAACUUUUCAUGCAAAAUCUCACCAUGGUUGGCCAUGGGAUGCCUCUCUCCCCGCAGUAUGUUUGAUGAGCUAAAGAAAACUGCUAGCAGAUCUGUUUCUGCUUCCUCAAACCCGGAUGAUGGUGGCAGUGGAACAAACUGGUUAAUGUUUGAGUUGCUGUGGAGGGACUUCUUCAGAUUUGUCACCAAGAAGUACAGCGCUGGAAAGAAACAGCUUGAUGCUGCUCCAGCAACAGCAUGCACGGGUGCACUUGCCUAAGCAAGUAUGUAGCUCGGUCUUUAAAUUUGUUGAGAUCUCGGUGACCUUCAUCACCUUCUUUAAGUUUUCAAAAUGUAGUGGUUAGAUGUUGUAGGGUUCCUCUUAAAUGAGUUGUUACAUGUUGAACUUUGAUUCUAUUGCCAAAUAAGAUGGUUGAGUAUGGUGUUUUGCCUCACGCUUGAGA